GAUAUGAUGAUUAGAGCAUACCCAGAGUGACACGCUGAAUUCGCCAUAAUCAAGGAAACCUUUUCCGGGUGGGGAUCUCUGAAAUCACUCAGUGAGCAACCCUAAUUAACCUGAUUUUUUGCUGAUAAUCACUCUCAAUGGAAUCAAAUCACAAAUCCGGGGAUGGAUUGAGCGGCACCCAGAAGGAAGCAGCCCUCCGCGCACUGGUCCAGCGCACAGGAUAUAGCUUGGUCCAGGAAAAUGGACAAAGAAAAUAUGGUGGCCCCCCGCCAGGUUGGGUUGCUGCACCCCCAGAAAGGGGCUGUGAAAUUUUUAUCGGAAAACUUCCCCGAGACCUUUUUGAAGAUGAACUUAUACCAUUAUGUGAAAAAAUUGGUAAAAUUUAUGAAAUGAGAAUGAUGAUGGAUUUUAAUGGCAACAAUAGAGGAUAUGCAUUUGUAACAUUCUCAAAUAAACAAGAAGCCAAGAAUGCAAUCAAGCAACUUAAUAAUUAUGAAAUUAGAAAUGGGCGUCUGUUAGGGGUUUGUGCCAGCGUGGACAACUGUCGAUUAUUUGUUGGGGGAAUCCCAAAAACCAAAAAGAGAGAAGAAAUCUUAUCAGAGAUGAAAAAGGUCACCGAAGGAGUUGUGGAUGUCAUUGUCUACCCAAGUGCUGCAGAUAAAACCAAAAACCGGGGCUUUGCCUUCGUGGAGUACGAGAAUCAUCGGGCAGCUGCCAUGGCCAGGAGGAAGCUUCUGCCAGGAAGAAUUCAGUUAUGGGGACAUCCUAUUGCAGUAGACUGGGCAGAACCAGAAGUGGAAGUUGAUGAAGACACAAUGUCUUCUGUGAAAAUCCUAUAUGUAAGAAACCUAAUGCUGUCUACCUCAGAAGACAUGAUUGAGAAAGAAUUCAACAAUAUUAAACCAGGUGCUGUGGAGAGGGUAAAGAAAAUCCGAGACUAUGCUUUCGUGCACUUCACUAACAGAGAAGAUGCAGUGAAGGCUAUGAAAGCUUUAAAUGGGAAGGUGCUGGAUGGGUCCCCCAUCGAAGUGACCCUAGCCAAGCCAGUGGACAAGGAUAGUUAUGUUAGGUACACCCGAGGAACAGGUGGAAGGGGCACCUUGCUUCAGGGAGAGUACACCUACUCCUUGGGCCAUGUUUAUGAUCCCACCACAGCCUACCUUGGAGCUCCUGUCUUCUAUGCCCCCCAGGCCUACACAGCAAUUCCCAGCCUUCAUUUCCCAGCCACCAAAGGACAUCUUGGCAACAGGGCCAUUAUCAGAGCCCCUUCUGUUAGAGAAAUUUACAUGAAUGUACCUGUAGGGGCUGCGGGAGUGAGAGGACUGGGCGGCCGUGGCUAUUUGGCUUACACAGGCCUGGGUCGAGGAUACCAGGUCAAAGGAGACAAGAGAGAAGACAAACUCUAUGAUCUUUUGCCUGGGAUGGAGCUCACCCCAAUGAAUCCUGUCACUUUAAAACCCCAAGGAAUUAAACUUGCUCCACAGAUAUUAGAAGAAGUUUGUCAGAAAAAUAACUGGGGACAACCUGUAUAUCAGCUGUACUCUGCCAUUGGACAAGAUCAAAGACAACUCUUCUUAUACAAAAUAACUAUUCCUGCCCUGUCCAGCCAGAAUCCUGUCAUCCACCCUUUCACACCCCCGAAGCUAAGUGCCUAUGUGGAUGAAGCAAAGACAUAUGCAGCCGAGUACACCCUGCAGACCCUGGGCAUCCCCACCGAUGGAGCCGAUGCCCAGACCGCAGCUGCUGCUGCCGCAUUUCCAGGCUAUGCUGUCCCUAAUGCAACUGCAUCUGUGUCUGCAGCCCAGCUCAAGCAAGCGGUGACCCUGGGACAAGACUUAGCAGCAUAUGCAACGUAUGAGGUCUACCCCACUUUUGCAGUGACUGCCCAAGGGGAUGGAUAUGGAACCUUCUGAAGACAUCUUUCUUUUAAAAAUAAAACACACAAAACUCAAUCUAGAA